AUGGACGCUCUUGUUGAACAGUACUCCACGGGGCUUGUUGACGGGCUUUUGGCGCUUGUGGAGGCGUCAAGUCUGGACACGUUGUUUUACCAAGACCAACGGCUAAAAUCUGCGGUUGACAACUUGUUUGUCUCGUUUGACAUGGAAUCUCUGAAAGUGGACAAGAUUGUUCUUUUCAACGGGAUAUUCACCAAUUGCGUGUUGCAACUCGAUACGAAGUUUUCUGAAGGUGAACCGAAUAUUGACAAACGACUGGUUUUGUCGCUGUUGUUGCUGGACACCUCAAUCUAUCUGGCCUUUGAAAAGUACUCUGGACUCAACCCUGUGCCGAUGCAGACCCUCAACUCGCUGAUGCUGCUGAACAGACUGGAGUUUGUGGUGGAGUCGUUUGGACCGGUGUUUUUUAGCAAGUCGUCCGAGGACAGACAGCUGAAGCUCACUCUAGGAAAUAGUCUGGUUGGCAAGGCCAAGCCAGGGUCGACGCUUUUACAGAUCGGCAACGUGCUGCUGCCGCGGCUGCUGGGCCAGAUCGAGUCGCACGACGUGUUUGCGACGAAUCUUGUUGUUUUCAUCACCAACGCAUUCGAUAUCAACGAUAAGUUGUUGCUGACGAGCGACUGGAAAAUAAAUCCGUUCGACAGAACGUACUUGGACUUUUCCAAGUCGCGCAAAUGGCCAGCGACAGCAAACAGAAACCCGAACCGUCGCACGGCAGACGCGUUCCACGAGUACAUGGUUCUGGCGUUGUAUUUCACCACCGACUUCAACAGGCUCGUGGAAGAGCUGAACGCUUAUAGAGGAGGCAGGUACGGCAAGACCGCGAUUCCGAUGGUGGAGAACUGCAAGAAACUUGUCAAGAUCAUCAAGGAGCUGGACUCGCAGUCGGCAGCACCGAAACAGGGCAUAAAUCACCGUUUGACGGCGGAAGAGGAGACGUUGUUGGUGAAUAGCUUUUUGGCCAAAAAUUACGAGUGCGAUUGGCUAUUGAACGCAGACGAGUUUGCCAUGCAGCUGAACCAGUCGCGUCGCCGGCUCGCGAUCGCGUUCCAGAUCUACGUGAUGGUUUCGUUCUUGUACGACCUCACAGAAACCAAAUGGAGCCGACUGAUGACAGAGAUCAACGCCAAGUACAAAAAGUUCAGGAAACCCGAUUUCGAAGUCAUGCUGACCAACGACAGCGUCAAGAGCUCGCUCGCGGAGGUGUUGACGGAGAUCGAGCGCCACUACGCCGCGUACUAUCCGGGGUUCCACCGGGUUUUGAAACAUGUGGUGGACAACACCGAGAUCAGAUGGCGUGCUCUCAAACUCCGGCAGUUUAACCACGAGAGUUUGGCAGACUUGCGUGCACUUUCUGACGACAAGAAACGGAAACUGGACGAGCAUCUGGCGGCUGAGCACGCUACCCGCGCGUUCUACGUGCACAAGAUGGGUACUCCGCGGCUGUCGCAGAUCUGGGGCGCCCAGACGGGACUUGAAGAGAUCCAGAGCAAGCUGGCCGACCCAGAAGAGAUCCUGGACAAUUACAAGGACGAAUUGUAUUUUGUGGAGGGAAACCUGGCGUCGGACGAGAACAACCAGGAACUAAAGGAGAAACAGGAGCUGCUAACGUGGAAGAAACAGCGGCUCGAGCGCGGAUUGGGCGGCUGGGUCAAACUGUAG